AAACUGCUUUUGUCAACUCUUUGUAGAAGGCUCGGCGCGUCCGAUAAUGGCUUUACGACGUUUUGCUCAGGCGAAUAAUGCAUCCACCGCUUCUCCAAAUCGUUCUGGAGCUUCAAGUAACGCGUCGCCAGUCUCUGUGACACCUGGUCUUCCUGUUACGCCGAAACCACGAGGCCGCGUUUCCAUUGGCAUUCAUCAGUCUCCUGCGAGCACUCCGUCGCUUUCUUCCUCGAUUCCUUUUGAUUGGGAAGCUGCAAGAUCACGACGACCUCCGCCAUACGCAAGUCCCUCCCAGAAUAGAUCCCGUGGAGGUCGAAAUAGCGGUUCAAAUUCUUCUUCCCUGAAUGGCACACCUGCAAGAAAAGCUGUCGUCAAGAAAAAGAGCAUUGUUGAAAAAGUGACGUCCAUUCCUUCACAAAUAGCGUUCGAGAUAUCGCAGUUUCCUAACAACGUGCCACUCCCUACCCCAAGAACGUCUGCCUGUGUAAUUGGCGGCUUCUUACAUUUUUUGCAUUUAUGCGUACGCGUUAGUCAAGCACGAAGUGCACAGAGUAGUGACUUGGAAUGGAACGAAAUGUUAAGAGAGACAGAAGGUCGUUCAUGGUUUGAUUGGACGAUGCCUAUGACCCUCUUUCUGAUUGCGGCGUCUGUCACGAAUGCUGUAUACACUUUUACUCGUAUCAAGCUUUACCGCUUGUAUCGUCGAGUAGAGCCGGUCUCAUCUCCGAACGCAAAGUUUGUCGAUAGCGAUGAUCUUGAUUUUGACAAACUAGAACCGCCAUCUCUUGCGAUGAGAUUUCGGGCAGGUGCUUGGAAUGCCUUGAUUGCUUUUUGGCGGUUUUUACUGGGUUUGAAACCCUCUACAAAACUCCCAUCUUCAACACGAAAGUCUACUCGAGUGCAACAACUCCAGAUCUGGACUCCAGGAGAUUUAGAAAUGAUGCUUUUCAACAUCUACUCCCCAGUUCACGCACUGUUGUGGAUGGCCACAAACUCAUCUAAUUGGAUUAUAAUGCUAUUGAUCAUGGGCACUGUCGGCUUACAGCUUAACACCAUGAUGUUGUCAUACAAAACUUUGAUAAAAGACAAAGACAUUCUCCAUGCAGAAGUAAUGAACGAGUAUAACGAAGGAUUUGUAUACCCCCGAAUUAACCCUAUUCGUAAGGACGUGGCUAUAAUGACCCAUCAGUCAGAAGUGGUGAAUGUAUGGGAGGAUUGAAUCUACUUGUCUAAUGUACUACGCGUUUAUUCUCCUUGUCUCUGGAUCUUCAAUCAAAUUAACUAGAUCGACGCUACUAGGAGACUGGGACCAUCACAUGCCAUAAACUUUAGAAGGGAUAUGCAAAUGUCACUUGGGUGCGCGCUCUUUUUGAGGUAGAAUCCAAUCUUCAUUGGCGCACUAAUCGAUCCAAUCGUCGAAGUGGUCAUAAGGCCUCCAAUUGAAGUGUCCUCCCCUCAAUCAAGCAGACUUUUGCUUAUUAGAAUACCUAAUUAUUACUACUCUGUGCUUACCGUAACAUUCUUAUAAGUUUCACUGCCUCGUUUGUUCUAAAAUUCAUUGGAGAACCUUCAAGUCGCAAGCACUCGCUCAGUGCCACGAGCUGAACUCAAGAUGGCUUGGCC